AUGACACACGAAAGUAAUGUCAAAUCCAUCUGGCGCAGCUGGGCUGCGUCUCCUCGCCCUUUCCUUGGCUUGUUCUUGAUUUCACUUGUCUCCCUCGUAUUCUUUAAUCAUUUCGUGUUCGAUACCGACCCGAACAAAUGUCAAGCAUUGGUCUCGGAGGGACAGUGGUACAACGGGAAAAGUUGGCUGAUUCCUGGUUGCACCACGAUACCCUAUGAUGGUAAACAUAUCAAACAAUGUGUGGGCAACGAGACGCGCCGAUUCACGCUCAUUGGCGACCUCCAUGUGCAACGGCUAUAUUUCCAACUUGGCAGGCGUCUUAAGCAUGACAUCGAGGUCCCGGACGACCGUGAACAAGAUCUGUCGAUCUCCAAAGACAAUAUCACGGUGCAGUAUUUUUACGAUCCACAACUGAACAGAAUCAGCCUCAUCGACAGCUUUGCUUCCGAACAUGAGCAGGAAAGAAGGCCGCCGUUGCUGGCAGUCGUCGGCGCAGGCAACACCUAUGCGGAACGGGGAAUGGCUGAGCGGUAUGCGGCCAUAGUCGGUGAACUGGCCUCGAAAUAUCAGACGUCCCCUGCAAAGGGUCUUUUCACCCACGAACGGGGACCCGGCGACCUUGUCCUCUUCACUCCUGCUGAAGAACCGUACAAUAAUGGGAGUACGAAGAACGAACCCUUUCACGAGCUGAAUACCAAACUGGAGGCGCUGGAACAUGUCAACAUACUCUGGAGCUUUCGCGACAUGGUCAGUGGCCGUCAAGAUCUGUAUAAGGCGGAUGGGCCGCGCGUAGCGGACAAAAUUAUCAAGAAACGCGUGGACUUGCUGCUGAAUUUUCGGUGCAAUGCGAAAGUGGGUAGCAAGAUGAACUCCAACAACAACGCCAUCUGUUGCGGAGCCUGGCGAGGGCCCAACUGGAUACAGAUCGCUCUUCUUCUGCUCGGUUUUGCCAUACUGCCCCUGGUAACCAUCGUUGACUUCAAGCUGCAACUCCUGUCCGACUCAGCGCGGCCGGUAAUGCGAGCAUUUUGUGCAUUGACCGCUGUGCUGGCUUCUUCGUGGAUCGCAGAUCGGACGCACAUCUUUGAGCACGGAACACGUCUGGGGCUGGUCAAACCCACUCUGUUCUUGAUGAUCAUCGUCACAUUCUUGAUUGGUUUCGCGACAGUUCGCAGAAGUGCCAUCAAAUCCAAGCCUGGCGAGGCACCACAAAGCCAGCCGUUCCUGCCACGCGACCAAACUGACGAGUGGAAAGGCUGGAUGCAAGCUCUGAUUAUCAUCUACCACUACAACAAAGGCUGGAAAUUACCCCCUUUCUGGGAGGUCAUCCGCCUCAGUGUGGCAUCCUACCUCUUCCUCACUGGCUUCGGACAUACGGUAUACUUCUUGCAGAAGAAGGACUAUUCCCUGAAGAGAUUCUGCAACGUCAUGAUUCGUACGAACCUAUUACCCGUUGCAUUGACCUAUGUGAUGCGGACUAGCUGGAUCUUGUACUACUACCUGCCUUUGUCAACCUUCAACUUUCUGGUAGUGUACGCUACACUUGCGAUCGGACGCCGUUACAAUGAGUAUGUCCUUUUCCUCUUGGCGAAGAUCACAACAGCGGCCGUACUCCUCAAUACGUUCCUGAGUACGAAAGACCUUCCCAGAACUGUGGUCCACUUCUUCCAGCUUACAUGCAAGAUGAGGUUCGACUCUGAUGAGUUCUUUGGUCAUCGCGUCGAGCAAGAUAAGUACAUUGUGUUCGUUGGAAUGGUCACUGGUAUGCUCUACAUCUACGUUCGGUCUACAGUGGAAAAGCACGAGCAUACGGGCAGAUUUAACAACGCUUUCCAAAAAGCUUGGCCAGUACUCAAGCCGUUCUCUGUCGCAACUGCCGCCCUAGCUCAGGUUCUUUUCUGGUACUGGACUGCGAAACACAUCCCGAACGAGAGGCAUUGGACAAAGCUGCAGCCCUACUCCACAGCAUUACCGAUUCUAAGCUUCGCUGUCUUGCGCAACGCCCAUCCUGUACUGCGUAACUGGCGUUCUGCUGCGUUCGCCUGGCUUGGAAGAUAUUCACUGGAGAUGUACGUCCUGCAAGAUCAUCUGUGGCUCGCGAACGAUCAGGAGGCAGUGCUUCGCGCCGGUUUCUUUCAUGGAAACGAGACAUUCUUGGCAGACAGGUGGCGAGACAUCGUAUUGCUUACACCGCUCUACUUGGUUGCGUGUAGCAUUGUUGGAGAUGCUACAGGUGUCAUCACCAACUGGUUCAUCAAGGAGGAGCCAAUAACGGAGCGUGUACCAGCAGCCACAAGUAGACCACUUGAGGAGGUCGAAAUGGGUCUUCUCGCCAAUGAGGGCAUCGACACAAUGCCCGAAGCAAGCACAAGCGAGAAGGCAAGUGGCAUACCGACGACGUGGAUCGGCGGAGAUUUGAAACCAUACCGAGUCGGAAUAUGGCCACGAAAGCUCAAACAUCGAGUUUACCUUACACUUGGGAUCUUGUGGACACUGAACAUGACGUACACAUGAUUUUCUGGGAACUAUUUGGCUAA